AUGUUACAAAAUGCAUUACUGGGAAAAAUUAUAACACUUAUUGAAGAAUCCAAUUUAAAUGUUAUAUGUAUAAAAACAAUAACUGCUGCUAAUGGUACAAUAAAGAGAUAUUGGACAGAAAAGUCAAAUGAAACACCUAAUACCGGUAUCAAAUUAAUUGUUGCAAUAAUGUGGCAAGGAGAAUCAGCCGUUAAAAAAGUUUCUAAUCUAUGUACUGCCUUUAAAAAGCAAUAUGGAGUAAGUGAAUCAGCACUGUCUUGCAGUCAAAAUCUUGAAGAAGCGAAUGAUGAAUACAAACGUUGUGCCGAAGAUAAAAAAACAGCAAUUCAACAACCAAUUCCAAUUGUGAUAAAACUGCCUACUCCUGAACUCCCCAAUGAUACAGCAGACGAAGUAGAUAAACCAGCUGAGGAGAGAGCAGAUUCAAUUAGUAGUGUGGUGACCCAAUGUGUGGAUACUGUAUCACCGAACGAUAAAAAUACUUAG